GGCAAGUAGAGUUUCUUGUGUGCGGUGCCGGUUGAAGGACAGUAAAAGACCAAGAUAAGGGACGUGUAUCAGUUUAGAAGAAAAACAGGUUUAAUUUUAAAAACACGUGGCCGAUGUGUAAAACAGCACCGAUCGGUUCAGUAGCUGCAACAAGCGAGAUUGUAAACAUCUUCAGAAAUGUCCCUUUCAAUUCAACUUGAAGAACUGCGAAGUGCAAAUCAGUGCCUUCUAAAUCGCUUGAAAGAAAAACAGGAUGAAUUUAGAAAGUGGUCAACAGAAGAAGCAAAAACUGUUCUUCGUGGUGAACAUUGUUGUAAGGACAAUAAAGCACAGACUCCUAUCAAACUUUUUAGUAUGCAAAGAAGCCUGAACAGUGAUCAAGAUCCUACUAUGUUUACCACUCGGGGCCAAGCUUCAGCUGCUCGUGAAGCUCUGAGUUCAUCUAAAAAAAACUCUUAUGUUUUGCUUCCAACACAAAAAGAAUUUAUUGCAAAGCCUACAAACAAUCAUAAAUCACAUAAUGAAUACAGAAACUCAAAGCAUGAAAAAAUAACAUUUUCAGGCAAACACCAGGCUUUUUCAGAACCUGUAACACAGGCAAGCACUUCGGCUGAGUUGUGUAAGGUUGCUGGUCUGCAGUACGCUGACCAAUUAAUGGAUGAAGGCAACAUCAAAAAUAAAGAACCCAGAACUCCCAAAUCCAUUCUCCUGACCCCAGGGAACAAAGGUUCAAAGCGAGAUUUUGGACAUGUUACAUUUCUGCCUGAUAACACAGACAAAACACUGAAUUGGUCACCACGUCCGUUCCUAGGCUAUGAUUGGAUAGCUGGGCUUUUAGAAGUAGAAUCACCUAUAGCCAAUAAGUCAGAGCAGUUCUUUUCAGAUAUAAAUGAGUUUCGACGCGUGAACAGAGAAGAAUGCUUGCAUGAAUAUUACACGAAGCCAGAAGCUCAGGAAACCUCAUUGUCCGAAGACGAGCCUGAUUGCAUCAUUGACACACAUGAGUGUGUCUAUUGCUAUCGUGUGAACAGUCGCUUAUUUACUUCUCCUGUAGGCUCAGAAUCUGCCUGUCCAAUAUGUAAAAAGCACAGGUCCAGAUGUCCUCCAACCAUAGAAGAACCUGCUUAUAUUCGUGUCAGCAUCCCCAGAGCAACACUUCUUCCCCCUUAUAAAUAUAAGGCUCACAGAAGAAAAAGCUUUGAUCCAACAGACAGUCUUGCCUUACCAUCACAUUGUUUGGUUGGCUGGGAAAAUACAGUACCAUCUUGUGAUUUAAGUGUUACCAGCUUGGACCUUAAAACAUCAGUGCAACCCAGUACCGGUGCAUCUGUAUCAACAUGUGAAAAUUCCACUGUGGAUAACGCAUCCUACUAUUCCUCAAGAGCAAGAUCGGAAAAUCUUCUCAAUAUGUCUCGCUGUAUGUUUUUACAGAACUACAGGACCAACUCUUAAAAAAUAUUUAGAGAGUGGUGAAAAAAUUGACAUGAGUACAAUUUGUUCCAGAGAAUUUGUACAUCUAAUCAUUCUCAUCACACUUAAAGUAAUAAACUUGCUUCCAGACUGUUACAAAUGUUCACAAAAUAUUUUUAAAACCUAUGUAAAAUAUUUUAAGACCAUGGUUUGCACUCAGUAAUUGAUAGACUAAAAUCAUUGUUUCAGGCCCCCCAAAAAAUGUUUCUUUCAAAAUUUGUAAAAAAAAUUAGUCGAAGCCUCUAAGUGAUUUGUUCUGCAUAUGCCAGUAAUAAAUAACACAGCGUUUUUGUUAAAAAUGUGAUCUUGCCUGCAAUAAAAGUUUCUGAUCUCUUUGGUGUAAUGUUGGGCUGCAAAAAACUACUGCUGAGGUAAAAGAAUCAUAUUACCUGCUGUAUUGAUGCAUUAUUAAUUGGGCAAUAGAAAGUAGUGCUUAAUUAGUCUACAAGUCUUGCAUGUCACUUGAAGUGAGCCUCUACCCGAGAAAUACUGAAGAACCAGCAUUUUGUGGCACAUAGUAAAUGGGUUUUCUUACAUAGCUGGUGCUUAGUAUGGUUGUAAAAAAACAAAACAAAACAAAUGCUGUAAGCUGUGCAGGCUUUUAGUGAUAUUUCUACUGUUACUAACCAUGUGUGUUUUCCACUGAGAAAUUAAAAUCGUUUAUGUAA